GAGCCAGAUAUAUCAGAGGGAAAUUGGAAUUGGAAAGAAGAAAAGAGCCGAACGCUGAAGAAGACAUGCCUGGCACAUUGGCCGCUGCCGCCGGUUCCGACGCAUGAUGCAAGCAGUUUGUUAGUCGUCCAUGUGGACAGCAGGCAUGCAAGACCUGCCCUGCGUUCUCCUGGGUCUUGCCUCCGGGUUUCUUCUUGCCUCGCUCGUGAAUCAGCCACCUCGCCCUGAUAUCCAAUCUGGCGACUACGUUCAGACUCCCCGACGAGUGGACAGCGGAAACAUUCAUAUUGACAAGGCAGGACGUCCCUCAGCAGAAGCUGCGACCCGGGGCAACCUACGUACAGUACCUGUCCAAAAGCACGGGAAUCGUUCGAUCGGAAAGUGGAGAGAAGACAAGGCAACCCCAUCGUCCACCUUCAAUGCAAAAUCGAGGACUCCACGCAGAUGGUAUCCGACGCAGUGGUCGUCGACAUGGGUCAACGCCGGGGUGCACGGCUCGUCACGGCCUGACAUCCGGACCGACAGUCGACUGCUCGUGGGUGUGAUGUCGGCCGUCAAGUAUCUCCGCACGCGCGUCGCCGCUGUGCACAACGCUUGGGGAAAGUCGUUCAGUCCGCACCUCAAGUUCUACUUCAGUUACCCAACGGGUGCUCAGCGCGAUGAGGUUGAUGAACUCGAGAAGACGUACAGGGAAGAGGCCGGCGUCAAUGUGGUGCAUCUCAAAGGUGCGCCGCAGAGCGAGUACCCGCCACAGCGCAAGAUGUUUCUGAUGAUGCACUCGAUGUGCGCCAGCGUCGGUACCUACCAGUGGUACUUGAGGGCGGACGACGACGUCUUUGUGCGCCGCGAGGCGCUGCUGGAGUGGCUGACGAAGCUCGACCCGCACACGCCCUACUACAUCGGAUCGUUCGGCUUCGGCCGGCAGGACGUGAUGGAGAGGCUGGACUUACGGGGUAGCUUCUGUAUGGGUGGUCCCGGCGUUAUCUUGAGCCAUGGCGCCAUGACAAAGCUGUGCCCGCACAUCUACGACUGCAUGGGGGACGUGAUGACGGGCGAAGAGGACACCGAGCUGGGCCGCUGCAUCCAGAAGUACGUCGGAAUACACUGCACGCAGGCGUUUGAGUUCUUUCGAAUGUUUAGACACGCCUAUACGCAAGAAUACCAUGGCUACCCACAUCCGUAUAUGGCGGAUCUGCAGAUGCUGGCCAGCGACAGGAUUCUCACGGUGCACCACCUUAAGGAGCCGCAUCUGAUGUACCGCGUCGCCGCCUUCUUCCAGGAACGGGCGAUAUCCAAGCUGCAGACUACAGCAAAGAAGAUCGUGGCCACCAUGGAGCAAGAAGAGGAGUUCAUCAAGAAGCUCAACAUCAAGCUGCCGCCUGUCCCUCCGCUGGCCGCGUUGCAAGGAACGGCGUUUGCGAAAAACACGUCCAACAGCCCGCAGGCGGCCACACUGCAGUUCGCUGCGCAGAAAACAUUGGAGUUACGUGAGCUCCUGGGUGGCAGGACUGGCCGGAGCUCGCAGGUGGUCGAGGCAGCACUGCCGCUGUCCGCCACCCAGCCUGAAGAUUACAACAGCGACCCGUCGCGCUUUCUGGCGGCCAGCGUCGUACGCAGCAGCGUGACGGCGUUCAAGCGCUACGCUAAGUCUAAGUCGUCCGCGCCGCACCUGGCGUGGUGGCAGUGCGGGCAGGACGCAUCCGCGUUCAGCGGCGCCUGCAACAUCACUCUGGACUACGGAGGAAGCCGCACGUACGGGCACCGACAGGUCGAUGCCGUGGGUGGCGUGGGCCAGCCGUCCGUCACGCUAUCCAGGCGCGUGCCCGCCCUCGGGCGAGUACUCAUCAUUGUCACGUGCGCCUCGCACCCGGACACUGCCGCGUCUUUGCUCGCGGCGAUCAAGUCUAUGACGCCACCGCCAUCGGCUACUGGAACGGCGACCGUCUUCCUCGCGCUGUGCGCGCACAAGGAGACGCUGAAAGUGACCGCCGCCCACAAAUCACUCAAGGCCACGCCGGUAACCAUAGAGACGUAUCAACGCUCGGCAGGAUCCGUGAUCGGCGACAUAACCAAUGGAUACAACGCCGUGGCAACGCGUCAUGGCGACAAGCUGAAACCUACGGACCUAGUUCUGAUCAUGCAUCAGCUGGCGCAAGGCGUGACCUUCCAUUCGAACUUCAUACCAUCAUGCCAUGCCCGCUCAAGCAAGGACGUGAUCUGGUACUCAGUUCCGUUCGAUAGCCGUCAUCAUCGCGUUGGAAGCCAGGGUGUGUCGGCGUGUCUGCAGCUGGGCACAUUUAAAAGCCUGCUGAAGGUCCUGCUCAAAACAAAUGCUCCUCGGCCCACCGACUUGAAUGAUCUCCGUGGAGUGGUGAGUAAAGCGGCAGCGAGCAUGUCGCCCAAACUCACCGUGCAGCGCGCUGUGGAUGCUCUGCUGCACGUGUGAUGGUCAGUGAAUGACUGCCCACAGCCAGUGGCAGUGUGCAGUGUGGCAGCAGGCAUACUAUACUCAAGUCACAGGACUGGUCGCACGACCGGUAACAGGAUAGGUCACGUGAUGACUAAUCACAUGACCAGUGAUUAGUCAUAUCAUGACCAGUGAUGAGUAGCCACAUGACUAGUCUAAUGAACAGUGAGAUGACUAGUCACAUGAGAAGUCACAUGACUCCUAACAUUACAUGAGUGAUCACAUGACUAAUAACAGCAGUGAUCACAUGACUAGUAACAGCAGUGAUCACAUGACUCGUAACAUUACAUGGGUGAUCACAUGACUAAUAACAGCAGUGAUCACAUGACUAGUGACAAAAUUAGUCACAUGACUACACUGGCAUCAUCAGAGAACCUGUAAGAGCAAUUCAUUAAAAAAAAAAGAAAGCUGCUAGCUCUCUGAUGUUUACUUUUUUGUUUGUUUUUGUUUUGUUUGUUUUGUUGGUGACAUCAAUUUCCCCACCCACUGCAGCUGCCAACGAUAUUAUAGACCUGCUGUUUUCAGUUCUUGGUGUGCUUGUUCUAAUAUUUCGUAUCAUAGCAUCACGGAAUCCCCGAUCGGCAGUAUUGUACUUUUACUCCCGGACCUUAGGAAGCCAUUAGCCCAGGUGAUUACCCUUCUUGUUGUUGUUGUUGUCGUCGUCGUUGUUGCUGUUGGUUAUGAUUUGAGCUUUGAAGUGUUUUUAACUUUUGUUCUAUGUAACACUUGUGUCCGUAUUCGUGUAGUGGCAAGCAUUCGUUUUCAUUUCACACGUUUUGGCACAGACAGUACACUUCUUCUUCUUUACCUUCUUUACCUGCUCCCUUUGGCCAACCAGCUCAUUUUUCUGUG